CCGUUUCCACCCACAUUAUUGCUCCCUCCACCAUACCCCAAUUUCCACUCUUUAUUCAAAUCCACUAAAAACAAAUUCUUCAUUCACAAACAAAACAUCGUAAAAGAAUUCCUCAAAUCCCAAUACAAUAGAAAUGAGAGAAAUCCUACAUAUACAAGGUGGUCAAUGUGGCAACCAAAUAGGUGCCAAAUUCUGGGAAGUAAUAUGUGAUGAACAUGGCAUUGACCAAACAGGAAGAUACAACGGCGACUCCGAUCUUCAGCUAGAACGAAUCAACGUUUAUUAUAACGAAGCAAGUGGCGGCCGUUAUGUUCCACGUGCUGUUUUAAUGGACCUUGAACCUGGUACUAUGGAUUCUGUACGGUCCGGCCCGUUUGGUCAGAUCUUUCGGCCCGAUAACUUUGUUUUUGGUCAAUCGGGUGCUGGUAAUAAUUGGGCUAAAGGACAUUAUACGGAAGGAGCUGAGUUGAUUGAUGCUGUUCUUGAUGUUGUCCGGAAAGAGGCUGAGAAUUGUGAUUGUUUGCAAGGAUUCCAAGUAUGUCAUUCUUUGGGUGGAGGAACAGGAUCUGGUAUGGGCACCCUUCUCAUUUCCAAGAUCAGAGAGGAGUAUCCAGACCGAAUGAUGUUGACAUUCUCGGUCUUUCCUUCUCCUAAAGUAUCUGAUACAGUUGUUGAGCCAUACAAUGCAACCCUUUCCGUUCAUCAGCUCGUAGAAAAUGCAGACGAAUGCAUGGUUUUGGACAAUGAGGCGCUUUAUGAUAUUUGUUUCCGUACAUUGAAGCUUUCAACUCCCACAUUUGGUGAUCUUAACCAUCUUAUUUCUGCCACCAUGAGUGGUGUCACAUGCUGCCUUCGGUUCCCUGGACAGUUAAAUUCUGACCUACGGAAACUUGCUGUUAACCUUAUUCCGUUCCCGCGUCUCCACUUCUUUAUGGUUGGGUUUGCUCCACUGACCUCUAGAGGCUCCCAGCAGUAUCGCGCGCUCACAGUCCCUGAACUAACACAGCAAAUGUGGGAUGCCAAGAACAUGAUGUGUGCUGCCGACCCUCGUCAUGGUCGUUAUCUAACUGCCUCUGCCAUGUUCCGUGGUAAGAUGAGUACUAAGGAGGUUGAUGAGCAGAUGCUUAACGUCCAAAACAAGAAUUCAUCAUACUUUGUCGAGUGGAUUCCCAACAAUGUCAAAUCCAGUGUAUGCGAUAUCCCACCCAAGGGUCUGAAGAUGGCUUCAACCUUUAUUGGAAAUUCAACGGCUAUUCAGGAGAUGUUCAGGCGGGUGAGCGAGCAGUUCACAGCAAUGUUUAGGCGCAAGGCUUUCUUGCAUUGGUACACCGGUGAAGGAAUGGACGAGAUGGAAUUCACCGAGGCUGAGAGUAACAUGAAUGACCUCGUGGCCGAGUACCAGCAAUACCAGGAUGCAACCGCUGAUGACGAGGAAUACGAAGAGGAAGAAGAGGACGUUGCCGCCUAAGGUAUCUUUGAGUUCCUUCAGUUUGUCUAAAGCUUGCGAUUUUUUGGCUUUCUGAUGGAUGCGUGGCUUUUCAUCUGUGUGAUGGACUAAGUAGAUUGACCAUUAAUCGCUGUGAUCUACUUAUCGGUGUUUAUUUACAUUGAUUUGUGAUUAUGGUUCAGUCAGUGCGAAGUGUGAAGUAUGAGUGUUUGUCAAAUGUUCUUGAUUGUAAAGAAAGCAAUAUGGUAUAUAUACACUUCUUUGUUUCAUAAAUUUUGUUCAACUUUACCUUGAUGAGAUGGAGAAAUAUAUAGGUAGUGUUUGGUA